AAAUUCAAAAUGGUCCAGAGAAUUUGAACUACAUCAUUUCAAUCUAUGCCAGUUUAUUUCAACAAAAAUGAACCCCAGCCACAUCAGAACUUUGAAUAUAACUUGUUUGUAUUGGAUUCCUGCUAACGAACUGAGGAAACUUAUCAGAAAGAUGGAAAAUUUGCAAGAACUUAUAGCAAUAGAUACAAAACUGGGCCUGCGAGAAAAUGAUAUAAUGGAAUAUUUAAAGUUGAGAAAGCUUGCUGUAUCCGUCGAAGAUGAUCACUUCGGACAUGGUACCGUUGCUGCUAGUAAGCAUUUGAAGGCAUUGAAAUCAUUAUAUUUGAAAAUCAUUCUUAAAAAGGAAGACCAUAGAGAGGUUUCUGGAAUGCGUCUAUUUUUUUGUAAUAUCAAACAUCUGGAGGAGUUGUGGAUUCUCGACGAUCAUGAGUCCCUCUAUAGAAUAAACUAUGAACGAUUGGUGGUAGAACUGAAGAAUUUGAAGAAAUUUGUUGUUAGAUCAAAGAGUGUCGUUCCUAUCUACGACUUUACCUUUGUUGGACUUUCGAAAGUGUUUGAAUGUAGAAGAUGCAGUAGUGAAGUGGAACUAAUAUUUGUAAAAUAUGGAUGAAUUAUUAUUUGGAGAAAACCAGUGGUUUAUCAUUCUCUCACCAAAGUUGAAAGAAUAAUUGAUUUCAGAGAGGAUACUGAACAGAAGGCCUACUUUGAAGCAUUCAAUUUUUGAACCAAAAAAAAAUGAUUUGGAAAAAGCAUGGGAGGUUUUUGAAAAUCUACAUGCAGAUCUACCUUGUGGUCCAGUCGAAUAUAAAGUAAUGUAUAAUUUUUUCUAGAAUACAUUUUCUGCAAAACCUUUUUUAGAAAAAAUGUAAUGCAAUUGAAUCAAACA